GCGACUGUCCGUUUCACUGUGCUAGCCAACCUCAGAAUGCCCGGAAUUCAUUUCCACGCCACUGGCGACCCGCACCACCAUCACCACGACCAUCACGACCACGACCAUCACGACCAUGACCACGACCACCAUGACCACGGCCAUGGCGACCACGCGCAUGGCUUCGGCGAUGCAGCAUCCUUCGGCGAGCCUAGCGCCCUGGUGCGCUUCCUAAUGUCAAACUACCUCGCCGUUAUGGCCGUCGUGGUGCUCGUGUCGCUGGUGCUGUUGCUCCUCAGACGGCGAGCGAGUCGGCCGCGCUCCCGCCCGGAUGCGGGGACGGACUACGGCAAGGAGGCCCAGAUGAACCUGGCGGUGCGGCGCGCGCGGGCGCUGGAGGCCAUGCAGGCCGAGUACGACGCCAAGGCCAGGCAGUGGGAGGAGCUGCAGGCCAAGAAGAGGGAGCUGGAGGCGGAGGAGCGGGCACGCCGCGUGGCGGCGGCACCGCUCAUGGGACCCGUCGGCGGCGGUGGCGGCGGCGCUGGUGGCAGUGGUGGCAGUGGCGGCGGCGGCGGCAGCAAUGUGGUGGAGUGGUCUCCGCUGAUGGGCUCGGGCCCUGUGGGCGGCUUCAAGUCCAACCGCUGCACACGCCGCGGCGGCUGACGCUAAAGCACCUGGGACCCGGGGCCGCCCGCCCACCCACCCACCCGUCAGGCCUGAGCUGGAGCUGUAAGGCUGUGCUGGGCUGCAGCUGCUUGUCAGCAAGAGGUGGCGGCUGGCUGAUGUAGCUGCCGGCUGUGGAUACUGCUGCUAGCUGCGGCUGGCGGCUGGCGGCUGCUGUUCCAACCAGCGGGCGGGCGGGUGGGCGGGCGGCCCCUCCCAGGAUGGUUUGUGUGUCAUUGUCGUCGUCGCUUGUGUCAGUCCGCGCGUGUUUGGAUGUGCGUGUGUGUGUAUGUGUGUGUUUUAGGGCUGCGGCCUGCCGCCGCAGUGCUCCCGCAGUCGGCGUUGGGCCGUCUGAUGUGUGUCUGGUGCUGUGUGGUGAAGCCAAUUAGGCGUCGUACCAGACACAGAGACGGCUGUGUAGAGGCAGCGCUGUCGGGUCGUGGCGAGAGACGACGUGCUCCACGUGGUACUCGUUGCCCAUGCGUGUGUGUAUGGUGUUGCCAUCCAGCCACAACAAACAACCAGCAGUUUAGCAUAGUGCUUCACGCCCUACUUAUCUGGCGACGCACUGGCGACACAGCUCAUGGCUUGCGGGUGCCACGUACACACACACGCGCGCGCGUGUGUGUAUGCUGUGGCGACGCAAACAUGCACAAUGCGCAUGCGUAUGUAUGCAUGUGUGCGUGUGUGAAAGGCUGCUUGCUGGCAGGCGCUGUUGAGGCUUGGGGCAUCACACCACCGCUUGGGCACGGCGACGGCGGGAGCACGUCGGGGCGGGACGUCUGCGCACACACACAUGCGUGCAUCUCCCUGGGCCUGCCAGUGGCUGGCAGGAGAGGGGGGCGGGCCGUGUGGGUGGAUGUGUUUGGGUGUGGUGGGUUGUUGGCGAGUGUGAUGCGCCGUGCGUGGCUGAACCGAGCCUGCGUGCCGGGGCCCCGGCGCUGAUGUGGGCUGAGCAAGUGUGGAGUCACGGGCGCAUGCGUGUGUGUGCGUAUGUGUGUUGCAUGGUGCCCGUGCUUCGCUUGCCAGCCUUGCCAAACCCGCUCGCCCCCGCCUGAUUGUUGCGGGGAGUCGGGGCAGAGGAUACAAAGAUGCAGUCGGUUGAGUGAGGAGUAGUGACAACCUGAAUUGGGUGGAGUCCUGCAGAGUUUUAGGGAUGCGCAGGAGUAAGCCAUGAACGUGAUAGGGUUUGAGAGCGGAGUCCAUCUGUGUGUCAGCUAGCUGUUGUGCGUAAGGCUGUGAUCAGCUGUUCGCGUCCUGCUGUGCGGCUUGGCACGCAUGGGAAGGGGCUGGCCGCCGCGGAUGUAAGUAUCAGCGGGAGCCUCAAGAGGCAGCAUUGAGCAGGAUGUGUGUGGCACUAGGGUGGCAGGUGGUCUGCGACAAACAGGCAGGCGAGCAAGCGCGGGACGGCGCGAGCGGAUGCCGAGACUGCAAAGCUGAGGACGAUGGGGCCUUGUAGGACUGCAGCAGUCCUGAUGGCUGAUCCGUGUAACCAACAUUUACA